AUGGGUCAUGAGAAGCACUUUGCCUUCAGUGACAAGUUCAGUAACACACCUUCACUGUCCGACCUCAUCGAUGACUAUUCUUUUGAGGAAAAGCUUUUGGCUUUCUACGGAGGCUUAAUAGAGAUCAACUAUCUCACCACGGACCACCAAGCCACGAGGGCCGAGCUGUUCAUCAUGAAGUGGGUGCUGUAUGGCUCCAGUAUCAUAAAGGGUGAUUACGUGCUCUAUUACUAUGCCAACCUCAGCGUGCCCAUGGGGCGCUUCCUGAAUCGUGUACGCUUGGUGGGGGACAUCUCACACAACGAGGGCUCUCUCCUUCUCCAAGACGUGACAGAGGCUGACCAAGGAACCUAUACUUGUGAGAUCCGCCUUCAGAUGGAGAGCCUGGUGUUCAAGAAGGAGGUGGUACUGCACGUAAGACCAGAGGAGCCCAAAGAGCUCACGGUCCACGUGGGCGAGUCAACUGUGAUGGGGUGUGUUUUCCAUAGCACAGAGGAGAAACACGUGACUGAGUUAAGCUGGGUGUUUUCGUCCGGAGAGCAUGCUAAGAAGGAGACAGUGUUCCACUAUCACUCCAAACGCCCGGUGCCGGUGGGCUCCCCCCAGAACCAGGGGCGCUUCCAGACCCGUGUAAACCUGGUGGGGGACAUUUCCCGAAAAGACGGCUCCAUCGUGCUCCGAGGAGUGGAGGAGUCUGACCGAGGGAACUACACCUGCAGAAUCCGCCUGGGAAACCUGGAGGUCCAGAAGGCCUGGGUGCUCCACGUGCUCCAGAGGGAGCCUAGAAGCAUGGUGACCCCAGCAGCCCUUCCACCCGGGCUCCUGGCGGGUAAUCAGCUCGUGGUCAUUGUGGGCAUUGUCUGCACUACAGUUCUGCUGCUUGCGGUUCUGCUAUUGAUCAUGAAGAGGACCCGCAGGACCAAGAGUUCCGUGACAUCUACAAGCCUGGCCAAAAGCCUGGAUGCCACCCAGAAAGUGAACCCAGAGAAACAUGUUUACUUCUCAAUAAGUCCACAGGAGGUGACUGAGGAAGAAGAGUCGGCUGGAAACCCCGAGGCUACUUACAUGACCAUGCACCCAGUUUGGCCUGCUAUAAGGUCUGCACAGAACAACCCACUGGAGAAAAAGCCAGGGGGAGAAAUACCGAAAACAACGCACGCAUUUUGAGAAGAAAGCAGUCAUCUAUGUUUCCAAGAGACGAUCCACUCUGUGUGUCCUGCGCUGCAGUGUGUUACUGCUGAAUCCCCAACCCCCCGCCCUCAUCAUUGUCCUCCUGCCUCACUGCUUGGUGAAGGUCCAACGAUGGAGGGCUUGCACCCUGGCAGAACGACCGGGCAGAUUUGGAGGAGCCGGCCCUACUGAGGGGAGGAUGGCACACGGACUCGGAAGUUCUUGGGGGGCAGUGGCUUCAAGUGUGCAGUCACGGGAGACCCUUCCUUGAGACAGUAUUCUUUGUGGAUGAGCUAUUGGGAGGAACAAAGAGGGAAAAACCAACCCCACUGAUUCUUUUGUUAGA